AUGUCUUCGUCCACCGAUAUACUCGUUACAAUGCAACUAGUACAAAAGUAUUUAUAUCAAUUUGUUAGUCCGGUAUUAAUGUUUAUCGGUACUAUUGGUUGUAUAAUAAAUUUAAUUAUAUUUAGUCAAAGGCAUCUAAGAAAAAAUCCAUGUUCAAUCUAUUUUAUCGCAUACAAUCUUGCUAAUUUUGUGUUCAUUUAUUCGUCAUUAUUACCUACAAUACUGAGUGUAGGAUAUAACAUUGAUUAUAGUACACGCAAUAUAGUUUUAUGCCGUGUGCGUCUUUACAUUACCAUUUUAUCUAAUUUUUUAAGUCCACUUUAUUUAGUUUUGGCUUCUGCUGAUCGAGUUUUGAUAACUUCAUCAAAUGCUCUUACACGACGACGAAGUACACUUCGUUUUGCUUAUAUAUGUAUUGCUUGUGGAACAUUAUUUUGGACAUUGUUGCAUGCUCCUGUAUUAGUUUUAACAAAUAUUAUACAAGUUGGUCCUAAUACAUUGAUUUGUUAUUUCCAAUCAAGUGUUUACAUUUCUUUUCUAAGUUUCUGUUCACUUUUCAAAGCAACAAUUGGACUUUUAUUAAUGGCAAUAUUUGGAUUAUGGUCUAUCAAGAAUAUUCGAAGUCUUCAAAAAGUCCGACCUGCUGCUAGUUUAUCUGCAACUGUAACGAAAGUAGACACUGCUCCUCAUUCGAAUUCAUCAAAAGAUCGUCAACUUUGUUUUAUAUUACUUAUAGAUAUCAUUAUCUAUGCAUUAUUCAGUUUCACAUAUGCAAUCAAUCUUAUCUAUCAACAAAUCACACAAAAUUACGUUAAAAAUACGGAGCGAACACAAAUAGAAAGCUUUAUUACUAAUAUAUGUCAAUUUAGUGGUACUAUUCCAUUUUGUAUUAGUUGUUAUGCAAAUUUAAUCAUAUCAAAAACUUUUCGAAAUGAAAUCAAGAAAAUACUUUCAUGUCAAAAGAUUUUUCGCAUCCACUGA